UAUUCGGAAGAACGGGUGUGCGGCUUGAACAUGGGAAAGCAAAAGAAAACAAGAAAGUAUGCGACCAUGAAGCGAAUGCUUAGUCUCAGAGAUGAGAGGCUUAAAGAAAAGGAUAGAUUAAAACCAAAAAAGAAACAAAAGAAAGAUCCCAGUGCACUGAAGGAAAGAGAAGUCCCCCAACACCCUUCCUGCUUAUUCUUCCAAUAUAAUACACAAUUGGGCCCACCUUAUCAUAUCCUGGUUGAUACCAACUUUAUCAAUUUUUCCAUUAAAGCCAAACUGGACUUAGUGCAGUCAAUGAUGGACUGUCUGUAUGCCAAGUGUAUCCCUUGUAUAACUGAUUGUGUAAUGGCUGAAAUUGAGAAAUUGGGGCAAAAAUAUCGAGUGGCUUUAAGGAUUGCAAAGGAUCCCCGGUUUGAACGAUUACCAUGCACGCACAAAGGAACCUAUGCAGAUGACUGCUUAGUACAAAGAGUAACUCAGCACAAGUGUUACAUCGUGGCCACAGUUGACCGUGACCUUAAACGAAGAAUCCGGAAGAUCCCUGGAGUUCCUAUCAUGUACAUUUCUAACCACAGAUACAACAUCGAGCGUAUGCCAGAUGAUUAUGGAGCCCCUCGGUUCUGAUUCUUACAAGACAAAGUCCUCUAUCUUCCUUCGACCAACUUUCUCAGUUGCCAGUUCAGUAAACAUGCUAUAGAAUAUAGAAUAAUUCCUGUAGCAUGAAUUAUUUGCUCUGUUAUGAGCUAAAUAUGAUUAAAUAUACUCACUUCUUGAUGCUUUUUGAAAAUGAUAUUUUGUAGCCUUUAAAAAUUUGUUGCAUUUUUUAAAUAAAUCAUAUGUUCCAGUCA